GACAGUAGCGAUGAAAUGGAUGCUAAGGAAAGCACCAACGAGAGAACUGCCUCUAGAAAAAAGAAAAGCAAGAGGCACAAAGAAAACCCUGAUGAGGCUGUUGGAGAGGAUUAUCCCAUUGACAUCUGGCUGUUGCUGGCCUCCUACAUACGUCCAGAAGAUACAGUGAAGUUUUCUCUGAUUUGCAAAAAAGCCUGGACUGUCAUUUGCACUGCUGCCUUUUGGACCAGACUCUACAGAAGGCACUACACUCUGGAUGCGUACCUGCCUCUCCAUUUACGGCCAGAAUCUAUGGAAAGGCUGCACUGCCUCCGUGCGUGUGUCAUCUGUUCGUUAUACCACAUGUAUAAACCUUUUGCUUCUCGUGUCUCCAGGAAUCCGGCUGUUCCAGAGACUACCCCCAGCACUUUAAAGAAUUCCAACUGUUUGCUUUUCUGGUGCAGAAAGAUUGAAGGGAACAGACGAGAACCUAUGUGGGAAUUUAACUUCAAAUUCAAAAAACAGCCUCCCAGAUUGAAGAGUAACUGUUGCAAAGGUCUUCAGCCACCUGUUCAGUAUGAGGAUGUUCACACAAAUCCUGAUCAGGACUGCUGUCUGCUGCAAAUCACCACCCUCAACUUCAUCUUCCUGCCGGUAGUCAUGGGUAUGAUAUUUACCUUGUUCACAAUAAACGUGAGCACUGACAUGAGACAUCACAGAGUGAGGUUGGUGUUCCAGGAUUCUCCUGUCCGGAACGGCAAGAAGCCCCGACUUGACCAAGGAGUACAAGUUAUCCUGGACCCUGUGCACAGUAUACGUCUCUUGGAUUGGUGGCACCCGCAGUACCCCUUUUCUCUGAAAGCUUAG